CGUCCAGUAGCAUACUUGUGUCUUGGAUGCAACCGAAACGGCCGAACGGCGUGAUUAUCAAGUACACGGUGUACGUAAAACACAAUAAGAUCGUUGAAAAGGAAAUCGUAUUCGGCGACAAGAGUACGAAGAUUGAGGUGAGGCGGCUCAAGGAAUUUCAACGGUACGAGUUUUGGGUGACCGCUUCGACCGUGGUGGGCGAAGGGCAGCCGAGUUUUCGGGUGAACCAGAGUCCAAAUUCCAGAGCACCAGCCAGAGUGGCGUCGUUCGGUGAACACGUGAACACCGUCGUAGGGUCCAAGUGCACGAUCGAGUGUUACAAGGUGGGCAUGCCGACUCCCGUCAUCGUAUGGAAGUCACCCGAAAACAUCGAAACCAAGGUGUUGUCCGACGGUAGUCUAUCCGUUGGCCCCGUGGUCGACAAAAAAUACUCGGGCAACUACACGUGCCAUGUGGAGAACAUAUUUGGCAGGGAUCAGAUUUCGUACACGGUCAACGUACUCUACCCUCCGUUGCCGCCCGAGUUCAGCGUAGACCCGGUAUCGACCAGCGCCAUUCGGAUCCAGUGGAAGCCGGUCAAACAGGCGGACGCCGUGACCACAGCCUACGUGCUCAACUACCACACCGGCAACGAACCACAGCAAAGCGUGGACGUGGAUUCCGACCGGUUUGCGUACACGGUGGAACGCCUGAAGUGCGGUACCAAAUACGCGGUGACCAUGCAAACCGUGAACACGGUCGGCACGAGCAACGUAGGUCCCGUCGUAGAAGUGUUUACGAAAGGUGGAGGUAAAUAUUAUGACGACGUUUCCGAUGACAGAUUUUUUUUUUAAAUUAAAUGAUAACUCUUAUGUUAACAAAAUAUAAUGUUAAGUCUCGAACGUAAAACUCAUACCUAUUAUAUAUUUUCACAUACAUCUAUAUUGAGCGAAAAACGGUAUAGGUACUGCAAGUCGGGGAGAAGGAUGACUUAUAGUUUCGUAUUCGAUAGCCGAUACAGUUCAGUGUAUACACAAUAAUAAUUUUUAGGUAUAUGAUAGUAUGAGACUCAAAAUCAUGUAUCAGAUAUCAAGUUUAUACGAGUUGUAUUUUUAAUAAAAUAUUAAGAUAAAAACAAAUGUAGGGAAGAGUAGGG